AUGUCCACCACAACCGGCUCUCACGACGACUACACCGUGGCGUGGAUAUGCGCCCUCUCCCUAGAAAAAACAGCGGCGGUUCUCAUGCUGGACACUCAGCACCCACCUCUCCCCAAGGCUCCAUCUGAUGAAAACAGCUACACCUUCGGAGAGAUCCAAGGCCACAAUAUCGUGAUCGUUUGUCUACCUCUUGGGAUCUAUGGAACGAACUCGGCGGCUGUGUCUGUCGCACAGAUGAAAACAACAUUUCCCUCCAUCCGGUACGCGCUGGUCGUAGGUAUUGGCGGAGGGGCUCCCAGCUUCGAGCACGAUAUCCGACUAGGUGAUGUAGUGGUGAGCAAGCCCACAGCUGACCAUGGCGGAGUGAUACAGUACGAUUAUGGCAAGGCCCUGGUGGGCGGCAGGUUUCAAAGAACAGGCACUCUGAACAAGCCUCCAGCGGUUUUGUUGAACGCAAUCGCGGAGUUACAUUCCAGAUACCAAAGGGGGGAGGGCCGUAUCGACACGUUUCUAUCCGCAGCGCUGGCGUCCAGUUCAGCCAGUGCGGAGUUCUUCGUUCGUCCUCACGAUCAGGAGGAUUUACUCUUCCGGUCCGACUACUGUCAUGCAGAUGAAUCAAAGUCAUGCAACGCGUGUGAUAGCUCGCAAUUGGUUGACAGGCCGUCCAGACGAGUCAUACAUCCGUUCAUUCACUAUGGGACGAUUGCUUCCGGCAACCAAGUCAUGAAAGAUGGAAACAAAAGGCAGCAGCUUGCAGAACAAGGUCAAAUACUCUGCUUUGAGAUGGAGGCAGCGGGAGUUAUUGAUCAAAUCCCGUCACUAGUCAUUCGGGGGAUCUGUGACUAUGCUGACUCCCACAAAAACAAAAAGUGGCAACCAUAUGCAGCAUGGGUGGCGGCAGCAUAUGGGAAGGAGCUUCUGUCCGUCGUAGAGCCACACCGAAGGAGGAGCGAGAGGAAGAGCAAAUGGCAUCACCAGCAUAAUCCUUAUCCAGCGCCUGGAUACAGUCCACCAGACUUGGCUCCCGCGCGCAAUCCUGAGGCGCAUCAAAGUGCCAGUGGUCACCCGAUGUAUCCUCCUAUGUCUGGAGUAGGUUCAGAUCAUGCGGGAACACGCGGCACGUCCGAACAGAGCAGUCCUCCGCUUGGGACCCUGCGAAAUCGAAAGGCUUACAGCAUCCGCGGAGAAUCACGCGGGGUGUAUGGACCCCCUCUCGAUUGGCGCUACCAAGUUCAGAUAUCUCCUGGCGAGUUCUUUGUCGUGGGAAGGGUCUUCGCAAUCCUCUGGCACCAAGGAACCGUAAUCUCGGACUUCAUCAGCCAAGGCAAAUCCACCCAAGGCCAAUUCAUCCGAGGCAGAUUUGGAGAGGAGAUCUUCAGCGGUAUUCGGCGCAUGGUGGUUGUUAGAGCAAUGAGCGAAAGUGCCUGGUGUGUGGCCAUCACCACCUACGAUGGCCAAGGAGUAGCCAAGCCAGGCGUUGACCCAGCAAAACAUGCCAUUGUAUAUCUGCGGGGAUCUAUGCCGACCUGCAAAGCUAAUGAGCCACGAAUGAUCAAGGAACCCUUGGAGGUCGAACCAGCGAGACCUGAUGAGAAGCUCGAUGAGAUGUCUCGUCUUAAUUUCGGCAAGGUCUACACCGUUGAACAUAAUGUCAAAGUGCGACCUGUUGGGAUGAUAUCCUGGAGCUCAAUGGCCAAAUUCAGAGGCUAUGUGAGCAAUGAAUUUAGACUCGACAUUUAA